CUCCAGAAUGAAUGAACAUUUUUGUUCAUACAAUAUUUGUCUGCAGGUACAAGAAAAAGAUUUAUGAACUGGCAAAGGAGCACAUGGAUGAUUCUGACAAAAUUGAGGAGUAUAGGAUGCCAGAAGCAUAUGAUAAAGAGGGAGGUGUAAAUCAGGAGAAAAGGUUUGCUGUAGCCAUGCAAAGAUACAGGGACUCUCGUUCUUCUGAUAAGAUGAACCCAUUCGCUGAACUGGAGGCAUGGGAGGAACAUCAAAUUGGUAAAGCUUCUUUAAGAUAUGGCUCAAAGAAUAAAAAGCUAUCAUCAGAUGAUUAUCAAUAUGUAUUUGAAGAUGGGAUUGAUUUCAUUAAGGCGUCAGUUUUAGAUGGAACUCAGCAUGAAGAUGAGAUGGCCGAGGAACCAAACGAUUCAGCAGCAAAAACCAUGUUAGAAAAGUUGCAGGAAGAAAGAAAAUCUCUGCCAAUAUAUCCUUAUCGAGAGGAACUUCUCAAGGCUAUUAAUGACCACCAGGAUUUUUUUAUCAUGCUGCAAGGCUCCAAAAGGCUGUUGCGUACCGAACUGUUAAGAAUCCACAAACAAUUCACAUACAUCCAAGCUCCGGCCUGGCACAAGCAAGCAACCUUCCUUGCAUUCUUAUAAGUCCUUUCUUAUUCCAUAACGUUUAUUUUUGUAUUUACAUUUUACGUUUAGAGAAAAAAAUAGAAUAAAGCAUCAAAGGUUUCAUUUGGGAUGGCUUUUUUACUGCUUAAAGUAAUUUUUUAGUACAAAAUUUUUAAUUUUAAGCUAAAAAGCUGUUUUAAGAAGUAAUAAAAAAAUUAUCCCAAACGAAGCCUAAGUCAGCUGCAUAAGUAAACUAAGCACCCUAGCGUUUUCAUCUGCUUUCAUUUAUGUUAUAUUAUAUAUUUUGCACUUCAAGUUAGAAAACUCUGGAUAAGAAAACUAGCGUGCAUUUGAAUUUAGAUGUACUUUGAAGACAACUUUUGUUCUCUUUCCUAUAUGAAUUACCUCGCUGGGUUAUUUACCAUGAACUUAUGCUUACCACCAAAGAGUAUAUGCGAUAGGUACUUAACGAUACUUUGUGCACUCAUAAAUUAUUGUUAAAUUUAUCAUGAAUUACUAUGAUUGAACUCUCCUUAUAACCUU